UUAAAUCUCGUUAUCGCAACAGCGAUGCGGAGCCGAGCGAGCGCUGUUGAGUUUCUGUCUACCAAUAAUAUCGCAGAAUCCGAGAAUUCGGCUCUGCUGUCAUCAGGAAGCGAUGAACCCGUUUGAAGCAGUUUCAAGGGCUCCAGUAGCAACUGAGAAGUUGAGUCUAUUUCAGAUAUGAGUUUUGAGCUCUACAUCUUUAAGUUAGAUAACUCGAUAGCAAGCUUGGCUUAUUUCUUACCAGCAAGUUGGCUGCAUUCUCAUAUCGAACGGAACCUGUGAUCAUUCAGCACACUCAUUAGGGAAGCCCUGCAUAGAAGAUGGCUGCCCUCCCUCUUUCUCGCUCUCAGGUUUUUGGCGAGCUGAGGAAGGCGCUACAUGAGGAUGAGGAGUUCCAUCAUUCAGACACGCACAUUUUCAUCGUCAUGGGAGCGUCGGGGGACCUGGCCAAAAAGAAAAUUUACCCUACACUGUGGUGGCUGUUCAGAGAUGGACUCCUUCCUGAGCAGACGUAUUUUGUGGGCUUUGCACGUUCCAGCCUGACAGUGGAGGCCAUCCGGGAAGCCUGUCUUCCGUACAUGAAGGUGGUGGAGACUGAGGCCGAUCGUCUCUCUGCCUUCUUCAGCAGGAACUCCUACAUUAGCGGCAGGUAUGGUGACGAGGGCUCCUUCUCAAGGCUGCAGGCUCACCUGGGCUCCCUGCCCUGCGGCGUGGAGGCAAACCGCCUCUUCUACCUGGCCCUACCGCCCAGCGUCUAUCACGACGUCAGCAAGAACAUCCGCCACCACUGCAUGAGCACCAGGGGCUACAGCAGGGUGAUCGUGGAGAAGCCGUUUGGGCGCGACCUGCCGAGCUCGGAUGAGCUGUCUGCCCACCUGUCCUCCCUCUACAGCGAGGACCAGAUCUACCGCAUCGACCACUACCUGGGCAAGGAGAUGGUGCAGAAUCUCAUGGUGCUCAGGUUCGGGAACCGGAUUUUUGGGCCCAUCUGGAACCGGGACAGUGUAGCAUGUGUGGUUCUGACCUUCAAGGAGCCCUUUGGCACCCAGGGCAGGGGUGGUUACUUCGACGACUUUGGCAUAAUCCGUGAUGUCAUGCAAAACCAUUUGCUCCAGAUGCUCAGCCUGGUUGCCAUGGAGAAGCCAGCCUCCACCAGCUCAGACGACGUGAGGGAUGAGAAGGUAAAGGUGUUGAAGUGCAUUGCCCCUGUGUCUCUUUCGGACGUGGUCCUGGGGCAGUAUGUGGGCGACCCCGAGGGGCAGGGGGACGCAAAGCUGGGUUACCUUGAUGACACCACCGUUCCCAAAGACUCCAGCACCCCCACCUUCGCCACCGCUGUGCUGUAUGUCCACAAUGAGCGCUGGGACGGCGUUCCCUUCGUCCUGCGGUGCGGUAAGGCCUUGAACGAGAGGAAGGCGGAGGUGAGGCUGCAGUUCGCAGACGUGCCGGGCGACAUCUUCGGCGCCCAGUGCCGGAGGAACGAGCUGGUGGUGCGGGUGCAGCCCAACGAGGCCGUCUACGUCAAGAUGAUGAGCAAGAAGCCCGGCGUGUUCUUCAGUCCAGAGGAGACCGAGCUGGACCUCACCUACCACAGCCGCUACCAGGGCGUGAAGCUCCCUGACGCCUACGAGCGCCUCAUUCUGGACGUGUUCUGCGGGAGCCAGAUGCACUUUGUACGCAGCGAUGAAUUGAGGGAAGCCUGGAGGAUCUUUACCCCUCUUCUUCGGCAGAUUGAACAGGAGAAGACUCCCCCCAUCCCGUACACUUAUGGAAGUCGGGGGCCGCCUGAAGCAGACGAGCUGCUGAAAAGAGUGGGCUUCCGCUACGGCGGAACCUACAAGUGGGUCAGCCCCUACAGGUUGUGAGAGCAAGACCAUCACACCAGGGGCCAGGGAGUGUGUCUAGAGGUGUUGUCCGAGGCAGGUUUGGGGAAUGUAGGGGGUGUGCACAGGAGGAGGGGCAAUGGGAGAGGGAAAGAAAGACUUAAGGGCUCAUUUUAAUUACUUAUUUUUCUCCUUUUUUUUUUUCUUUUUCUUGCUCUUUAUCUACUCCUAGCUUCACCCAUUGGGAGAGGCUAAGCAAAGUGGCAAGAAAAAGGACAUUAAGAUGGGGACGUCGAGAAGGGGAAUUAGGCAAAUGGAAUGUCGGGAGUUUGAAUAGCGACGAAUUACUGACGUGGCAGAUGGGGAGAGGUGUAUCCACUAGUUUGAUCAUUUAUAUGUCAGGCUUUCCAAAAAAAAUACAUCUGCAAAGGAUGUGCUGGUGAAGGAAGAGUGGAGAAAAAUAAGCGAUUGGAAUGAACCCUGAGAGAGAGAGAGGAAGAGAGAUGUGACAUGAUUGACAGAUUAAAAAGAGCUGUAGCUUCCUGAUUCACUUUCUCUCUCUCUAUGCCUUGCCUCCCAUUCUCAUCUCCCGCACAAUCUAACAUCCGUAAAUGAUAACCACGAGCACAUGAACAACAUCUCUAAACACUGAUAAUGUAUAAUAGUGUGAAUAGUUGGUUUUGUGCUAUGAUAUAAAAGUAAUAUUUUUAUGAUUGUACUUUUAUGAUUGUACUCCAUUGCUGUGGAUGAGAGCGAGAGAGAGCGAUUGAGCCAGGUCUGUAUUCUGUCCUCAUAAAGCAGAGGACACUCACCUGUAAUGUGAGCUGCAUGCUGACCAGGCCUAAUCCUCUGAAGUGUGUGUUUGUUGCCGAUACUUAAUUAAGUCAGUUACCAUGUUGCAAAUUCCUAAUUGCUAAAUAUGAAAAGGGAUGUGUUGCACCAGUGUUGGGUUUGAGCUGCAGUUCAUAGGUAGGUAUAACGGCAAAAUGUAUUCUUCACCAUUGGCUCAAUGCUGGGACAAAGGUACCUUGAUCACCAUCAUCCUCAAUAAAUGCAAACAGGACUUUGCAGCUUAUAUAAAAUGUACCAAAAGCGUCUGUUGUUAAAAGUAGCUUCUCUGAAACCAGAGCUUUCAAUAGCAUAGCCUCAAGAAAAUGUGUCUGUAGAGAUUUCUUAUUUCUGAUUCAUACCAUGUGUUUGAGUUUGUUCAGGAUCACUUUUGUGUUUGUUACUGAUGUUCAUGCUGCAGGGCCAUUUCUCUGGUGCUGUAUUGUAGUACAGAGGUACAGUUCUUACUCAAGCAGCCGUUUGCGAUAGACUAUCUCACAUAUGCACUGGAUGCUGUGUGUUAUACUGGAGUAUCAUAGAUCAGGGCCACAGGGUCUGCUGUUUCUGUUUUCACCUGAAAAGCAACAGCAAGGUCAAGCAGGUGAGGUCAGUUUGUGUAAUCGAUCAGACCUUCAUUACUGUGUUUGUUAAUGAACAAGGAUAAUAAUGUAUGAAAAAAUGCCUCAGUUUACAGUCAUUAGUCUAGUUUACAGGGAAGUGGGGAAUUGCUUGAAUUGCACAAAAUCAUUUAUAAAUCCUAUACAUAAAAAUUGUAUAAGAAGAGAAACAAUACUGGACUUGCUUAGGAGGGAGAGUGGGUGGGACCAAGAUGGUGAGGUGUUCCUCCACCCUGAAUACAAAUAUUUUGUACCGUUUACAUUUGCUGCCAGCUCUGCUGGCCAGAAUGCAUUAUUCCAUUUGAAUUCACAUUCCUCUGGCUUUGAAAUGUGUGGGGUUUUUGUGUUAAAUCCUGGUUGUGGGUAUUUCCCAUCGCGGUCUCAUCCUCCAUCAGUUCCCCUGCCCGUUAGUGCACACUUCCUAUCGCUCAGCGCCAGUGGUGUCUCGUGAGCUCAAAAUCGGUGGGGCCCAAAACUUUCCUUUAAACUAACCGUUUAUCACAACCCUUUUUCAUUCAUUUCUCUUGAUUGACAAACAAGCCAACGCUAGGAUUAAUCAAUUGCCAAGUGGCAUUAAAUAAUAAAUUCAGUUUAUCCGUAAAGAAUGAGUUUUAAUAGAUACACCUUUAUUAUAUACUGCAUUAGCUUUCAGAAUAAGUAAGGAAUAAUCCAUGAUGAGGUGAUCAUUACACUGUUUUAACGCACAAUGCAGGGGCAAAGAACCACCAAUGCGAAGUGGAGUGGAUUAUUGCGCUUAUACCAUGGUCUUUCAACAAAGAAGAAAAUAUAAGGAGGGGUCGUUAAUAUUUUUUGGCCUCAAAAUUAAACUUUGCCCUCAAAAUAAAACGUUUUUUGCGGGCUGCAACUACUUCAAGCCGUUAGGGUGGCUACUGUUUCAGCAUGUUGCUAUAGUUACAUAUGUUAGUUACGUUCUGCUAAAUGAUGGCCAAGUCUGGUUUUCAAUAAUUACUAUUAUCUUGGUAAAAUUAUUUUAAAUGCAGCUUCAAUUGGUUUCAUAUUUGCAACUUCUUAUCCGUAAUUCCCGGUCCACCUUAAAUUUAUUGCACUGCUGCUGCAACUGCCUGUUUGCAAUUUCACAGCAAUGUGAGUGUGGAGAAAGAAGUCUACAUGAGUCAGCAAAUAAUGUUAAUAAAAGUUUUGUGCCCCACCAAUUGUUAGCUCACAAGACGCCACUGCACUGCACACAACCCAACAGCCCAGCUUCCAUGGUUACUGCUGUGGGGUGUGUAGCUGCCAGUGGUAGACCCCACAGUGCAUUAAAUCGAUCAGAGGAGGCGCAGUUGCGUGAUGAGGUGGGGAAGCCCUGCUUGCUGAGCCCCUCCCUCCCUUGGUGAUAUGAAGGUCCAUUCCAGUGACAUGGCACAUGACCUCAUGAUACUCAUAUGUUUCUUAUUCUACAUCAACCUCACCAAUUUCUCAUAGGAAACACUAAGUACUUGGAGUUCUUCAUAAAAAGUUUUUUUCGUGUGUUUUUUUAUAUACUUUUUGAGAAGGAAGUAGAAAUGUUCACAUAAUGUGAGCAGACACUGCACAACUACCCCAACAGGAGCACUUGGAGGCCAAUAGUUCUGCUGCUUUUUCUGGGUGUCUUUGUUUUGUCUUCUGAGUGGUUUUAUUUGUGUUGUAUGUUUGAACUUUUGGAAUUUGUUUGCACUUAAAAGUAUAAAAAAUAUUAAACUUUUUAAAGUGAUACUUUUUUACACAAUUGCAGUUAUUGUCUUGAUAUGUAAUAAAUUGACUUUUGGCUGCUUA